UAACAUAUACGAAAGCUGCGUUGUGUGAAUUGUCAACUGUCAAAUUUUGACGGAAGCAUCCUCAAGAAAUUCUUUUUGGCGUGAGAGGCAGACAAAAUGGUCAAAGUAAAGUGCUCAGAUUUGAGAACAAAAGACAAGAAGGAGCUCACCAAGCAAUUGGAAGAGCUCAAAAAUGAACUCCUCGUCUUGCGUGUGGCCAAGGUUACUGGAGGCGCUGCUUCCAAGCUUUCCAAAAUCCGCGUAGUCCGCAAGGCUAUCGCCCGUGUUUACAUUGUUAUGCACCAAAAGCAGAAGGAAAACUUGCGCAAAGUGUACAAAAACAAGAAGUACAAGCCUUUGGAUUUGAGAAAGAAAAGGACUCGCGCUAUUCGCAAGGCUUUGUCUCCCAGAGACGCCAACAGAAAGACCCUCAAGGAAAUCCGUAAGAGGUCUAUCUAUCCUCAAAGGAAGUACGCCGUCAAAGCCUAAACAGAAA